AUGGUUGAAAAAACAGAGGAUUUCAAGUAUCUAACGCCUAAUGGAUAUAAACAAAGAUGUCCUUUGUCUCAUCCGACUCAACCUCACACCCUUUCUCCUCGAGCCAGCCGGACCCCUGAAUCCAAUUGCUUCAUAUGCGGGAAGCAAAAAGACAUUACUGAUCCUGGUUACCAUUACCACUGCACCACCUGCGAUGUUUGUUUCCACAGUCACUGUUUCGAGCAGCAGCCUAGAAAAAUCACACAUCCUUUUCACCUCCAACACCCUCUCCUUUUAACCUUUGGCAAGCAUGGAGAUAUCAUUGACGGCAGCAAUAUUUUAACGGAUCAAGACAGCUCUAAAGCUGUCGCUGUCAACUCCAACUUCAGCACAUCAUCGCAUCCUGGUAAGUCUGGAUUGCGUAGCUUAUACGAUAACUGCACUUGGUGUGGGAAAUAUAUACCAUCAUCAUUAUCGGGUCCUAGAUGCACAGUUUUCUAUCGAUGUUCUAUUUGUAGCUUCUGUUUGGAUACUUCUUGCGCCAAAACCAACCCACCUCUUACUAUUGAAAACCCUAAAUGCCAUCAUCAUCCACUCGUCUUUUUCCCUCGACCACUUUUGGUUCCUUGCGAUGCUUGUGGCCUUGUCGACAGAUCAGAAUCAAGUUAUGCUUGUUUCCAGUGUAAUUAUAUGGUCCAUCAAUAUUGUGUUGAUUUACCACGCGUCAUAAAGAUCACGCGUCAUCCUCAUCGUCUCUCUUAUUCUCCUUACCUUCUUCCACCUCCAAAUUCACUGUGUCGGAUCUGCUACAAGACAGUCGACGUCAAAUACGGACAGUAUUCUUGUAAAAACGAGGAUUGCUCUUACGUUCUCCAUUCCAAAUGUGCAACACAUGUGAUGGUGUGGGACGGAAAGGAACUCGAGUGGACACCUGAAGAAGCCGAUGUAGUUGAGGAUAUUCCACCAUUCAAGAAGGUUGGUGAUGGUUUGAUAGAACAUUUUGGUCAUGAACAUCAUCAUCUUAAGCUCGAGAAAUAUAUUAGUGUACGAGACGCAAAGAAACUAUGCCAGGCGUGCGUCCUUCCAAUCGGCCAGCGUGAUUUCUACAACUGUGUGCAAUGUGAUUAUUUUCUCCACAUUGUAUGUGCUGGUCUACCUAGAAAACUGGAUCAUGCGUUGCAUAAUCAUUCUGUUUUCCUCGAUCCAUUUCCACUGCCCAAAAUCAGUAACUUGCAGUGUUCAGCUUGUGCUCGAUGUUCCAAUGGUUUCAAGUACAAGUGCUAUAAAAAGGGUUGCCAGAUUAGUUGGUUCACGAUAGAUGUUCCUUGCUGUUUAGUUCCUGAGUAUAGCACUGAAAAAGUCCAUGAGCAUCCCCUAUUCAUCGCUCCGUACAAUUACGACCAUGAACCUUAUCGCUGCAAUGGUUGUAAGAGACGUCUUACGAAGACUCGUCUACAGUGUACACUCUGCGACUUUUCUAUUUGUUAUGAAUGCGCUACGAUUCCAAAGGAGUUACAGAAUAAAUACGAUGAACAUCCUCUCACUCUUUGCUAUGGAGAAGACACGGAAGGUGGUGGCAAGUAUUGGUGCGAAGAAUGUGAAAAGGAAGUGGAUCGGUCAGAAUGGUUCUACACAUGCAACAAAUGUUGCAUCACUAUCCAUCGAACAUGCCUAUUCGGAUUCUACGUUUAUCUGAAGCCUCCUUACACUUUCGAAUAUUUUUCUCCUUCUACCACGUCGGUGGAAGUUUUUGGCAAUAGUAGUAGCCCUCGACCAAUUUGCAAUCGGUGUGAGGAUCGUUGUCGGGGUUCUACUUACUUCAAAUUCGACAUGAAGACUCUUUGUUCUUGGUGUCUUUUUGCACCCCCUAAAAGAUAA